UUACCACUCUCAUUACCGCACGCGUCUCGUUCUCCGCGUUCAGUAGACGAUGACCACUCGCUGGCGUCGCAUCGCUCUUCCAUUCAUCGCCGCGCGCUAGCCCCGAUGACCACGAUGAAGACCAGGUGCCAAGGAGGCCUCCUGUCGCUGGGUUUGGUCUCGUGCCUCCUGACCCUGCUGAUCCAAAGGGUCGCCUCGUUGAACCACGGGAACGGCCCGUGGGUGCUAGCCACCCAGGGCGAACCGUGGCCCCAGCCGAACCACAGGCGAAUCAGUAACGCGUUUUAUCAGCUGCGAGCCUCGACCUUCCAGUUUAACAUAAUUGGCGAGACGUGCGACAUAGUGACGGACGCGGUGGAGAGGUACAAAGCAAUUAUCUUAACGGAAGCACGGAUAGCGAAGAUCGUCUCGCAGGGGUAUUCUAGAUCAUCGAUAAGAGACAAUACCACCGUCAAAGGUACCCUCACCGCUUUGACUAUUGAUUUAGGGGAGCCUUGCGAAAAGGAUGGCCAGCACUGGCCUCAUUUGCAAAUGAAAGAAUCAUACAAACUCAGUAUCAAUGAAACGUCCACCGUCGCGACGCUGGUGGCCGACUCGGUAUGGGGAAUUCUUCGAGGGCUCGAGACGUUCUCUCAGCUCUUGUUCCCAGCCGGAGACAGUUCCAAGUUGAAGAUCAGAUGCCAGACGAUCGUCGACCGACCGAAGAUGCCCCAUCGUGGACUCCUGUUGGACACGGCCCGGCAUUAUCUACCCGUGCACGACAUAUUGCUCAUCUUGGACGCGAUGUCUUAUAACAAAAUGAACGUUUUUCAUUGGCACAUCGUCGACGACAACAGCUUCCCUUAUCAGAGCUCCAGCUAUCCGAACCUGUCCGCGAACGGGGCCUACCAUCCGACGAUGGUCUACACGCUUAACGACAUCCAGAAAAUCGUCGACUACGCGAGGCUGAGAGGCAUCCGGGUGAUGCCGGAAUUCGAUACUCCUGGGCAUACCAGGUCAUGGGGUUUGGCUUACCCUGAAUUAUUGACCACGUGUUACGAUGCCAAAGGGAACCCGAACGGUAAACUGGGCCCGAUGAAUCCGACGAACGCGAACCUGUACGAGUUCCUGCGUCACUUGUUCGCCGAGAUCGUCCAAGUCUUCCCGGAUCAAUACGUGCAUCUGGGUGGCGACGAGGUCCCGUUCGAUUGCUGGCAGAGCAAUCCGGAGAUCAACGCGUACAUGAAGGCGCGGAACAUGUCGAAGAACUACGCGCUCCUCGAGAGCGAGUACAUCGGCAAGCUGCUUCAGAUCACGGAUAAACUAGAAGCCAGCACGAUCGUUUGGCAGGAGGUGUUCGAGAACCGAGUGACAAUGCCGAACACCACGGUGGUGCACGUGUGGACCGGUUUGUGGCAGAAACUGCUGGAGAACGCGACCAAGGCCGGGCAUCCGGUGUUGCUAUCAGCCUGUUGGUACCUGGACCACAUCGCUGGCGGUGGAGAUUGGAAGAAAUACUACAAGUGCGAUCCUCUGUCGUUCGCUGGAUCAGCGAACGUGACUCAUUUGAUGUUGGGCGGUGAAGCUUGCAUGUGGGGAGAAUUCGUCGAUAGGAAUAAUAUACAUCCGAGAAUUUGGCCGCGUGCGAGCGCAACGGCGGAGCGCCUUUGGAGCAGCGCGAAGCAAGAUGACAACAAGGCUGCUCAGCGGCUCGAGGAGCACGCCUGCCGCAUGAACAGGCGUGGGAUACCGGCUCAGCCACCGAACGGACCUGGCUUCUGCACCUUGCGCUCCGUGUUGCCCACCAGCCUGUCCACCGACUAUAAUCUGCAGACCUGCCUGUCCACCGCGCUGCCCACCUCAACCAACGAGGACGACAGUUUACCUGAGGCCCUGUACGCCUUGUCCGCCUUGUUGCGCCCUGCCUUGUCCACCAAAGGUGAUGGUCGCCUGCGCGCCCCCCUGCCCGCCUUGCCCACCGUGUCCGCCGACCGUCGCGUUCGUUUGCACCAAGAGAGUGGUUCCCUGUAUGCCCUGUCCACCACCCACGCCACCCCCGUGCUCGCCUUGCCGAUCGCUUUGCAGAAAGCUUCAGCCGACAGAAACAGCAAACCCAAAGCAUCCUCCAGGCGUCCGAGCGAAAGCAGCUUGCACGCCAGACCGAACACCGUGCAACCGAUGUCACACAGUCCGGAGAAGGCGCCGUCCGUGCAUAAUCUCGCGGACGCGAACGACCCGUUGAAGAUGGUCAGCAAAGGCGUGGACGUGACCGUGCCGAAGACCAGGUUCAGCUUGCAGGACAGGAGCAAAGAGAUGCGAGGAUUCUCCCCGAGACUGAAGAGCUUCCCGCUGGAGAAGGUGAAGAAGUUGGAAAGUCCUCCGCCGUUCGCCCCUAAACCCAUAGGCGCGUUGAUCGCCCAGCAGAAUCAAGAUUCCGGCGUUGUGUACAUGAGCCCGAGGCUUGACAAUGGCCAGGGUGAUGCUGCGCAAAAUGUGAAUCAUCGAUAUCCGGGUGUGCAGGCUGGCCAGCAACAGGUAGUAGUGCAUCAGCAGCAGGGACUUCACCACGUGCAUCCGCACUCGGAUCAGUCCCUGCUGCCUCAACAGGUCGGGAACGUGCAAACCCAUCGCCCUUUCGUAGCUUACGGGGAGCAAAGGAAUCCUCAGAUGACUGUUCAUACCCCGGUCGCGACGACCUCGCAGCCUGUUCAACAAGUACCAAACAAUUCCGUACCUGUGACCGAUCCGAGUCAACCGAAGAAGGAGGAGCAGAACGACGCGACCGAACCCGAUUACGACAAGCAACCAGUCGGCGGUAGGAACGCGGUGAUGUACAGGAAAACGGUGAUUGCCAAGACUCCUGCACAAGUUUCUUCGGAUCCGUCUGCGAACUAUCAGAACCCUUGCCCGGCGCACGGUCAAGUGUUCUACAGAAACGUCCUGACUCCGAAUCCGCAAAAUCCUCAACACCCGCAACAGGUUUAUCAGCAAUUCCAGCAGAACAUGAUGCAGCAGCAGCAGCAAAUGCAGGCGAUGAGCUAUCCCCAGAUGCAUGGAACCGCGAGUCAACAGAUGAUGCCCAAUCAGGGGAUGACGUCUCAACAGGAUAUCAAUCAGAAGAAUCUGGUCACCGAGUACCCUAACGCGAAGGCUCAGCUGAGAGCUUAUAACGUCGACGUGGUGAAUCCUAAUCAACAGCUAUACAGAACUUCGCAACCGUCUGUGUCUCAAAUCCCUCAACAAGUACCUAUGCCUCAGCAAAUGUACGUGCCUCAGCAAAUGUCCGUGCCUCAGCAAAUGCCUGUUCCUCACCAAGCGAGGCAAUUGUAUCGUAACCCCAUGCAUGGGAACAUGAUGCAAGGACAGAUGCCUAAUCAAUCGAUGAAUCCACAAAUGAAUCCUGAGCAGAAUCCCAAUCCGGAAUCGAAUCCUCAGCCUGUGCAAGACAAGCAGGAAUCUAAGAGACGUAAACAAUACAAGUUCACCGUUGGCAUGAUUCGCGACCAGGAGAGAUUGCUAGCCGCUAUGAAGCAACAAGGUGUACCAGUAGACAUCAUGAGGAGGCAGUUUGAAAUAUUGCUGAACGAACAACGGAAGCAUUUGGAAUACAAUGAACGGAUAGAGAAGGACGAAAACGCGGAAGCAAAUCGACCCACGCCUGCUCCACGCAAAAAGAUCAAACAACAAGACGAAAAACCUGAAUGGAUGAUUCACUUGACUCCUCCGAGAUUGUCUUACAUGGAUAUAGAGAAGAUGCACGAGCAGCGGAGGAAGGAACGCGAGGCUAAACAAAAGCAGCGGGAACAGAAGCAACAGCAAUCACAGCAACAGCAGCAGCAACAGCAAUCACAGCAACAGCAAUUGCAGCAGCUUCAAUCACAACAGCAAGAACAGCAAGCUAAUGCACAGGCUCACGUGCAGAUGAAUCCACAGAGCUACCAGCAUUGGCAGCAAGCUGCUGUGCAACAACAGCUGAGACCUCAGAAUCCUGGCAACGUACCUUCCCAACCUUACACCGUUCCUGGCAAUUCGAACGAAGCUGCGAGAGCUCAGUACCUCGCUUAUCAGCAGGCCCAACGUUACAACCCGCACUUGCAGCAGUACCAAUUCUAUCGACCGUCUUCUCAGCCGAAUCCGGAGCAAGCUCAGUCCUCCAAUAACGCUCAGAUACACGAAGAGGACAGACCAUCCACGGAGUCGACGAGUUUGUUAAAAAUACGUAAGUACAAAUACGAGGUCCGACCGCAGAGAUCAAAUAACGGACUGCAGGAUCCGGAGGCUGCGAAGAAACAAUUGGAGUCUCUUAAACUAUCCGCAGAAACUAAGCGAGGUUUGGAAUACCUGGCUAAUUUGACUACCAGGAAGCCUGUGUUCAAGUUGAACGGAAUGCAAGAGCGGGACGAGGUGGAGACUGAGUUUCAGCAACGUUUGGUCAGCUCCACUCACCAGCCACCUGCUAAACGGGUCGGCGCCAAUGGUCUGGAGAACUGGAGAACUCCCAACAAUCCGCCCCCGCAGCGAUACUCGCGCAAGAUAGACGAAGAGUUCAUGUUAGAGUAUCCAAGACAGAAGCAGAACAAUCCGAGGAACGUGUACAGCGUGCAAGCUGAGAGGGAGAACGGUACCCAGCAACAGCAGCAGCAGCAGCAGCAGCAGCAGUAUUUGCAAAAUCCGGUUGGAGUGAUUCCUUAUAACAAUCCGAUGGUUGCCCGCGAGCAGGUGAUGCCGUUCAAGAUCGAGGGCAGCUGCCCUCACAAUCAGCAUUAUCAACAGAUGCAGCAGUAUCAUCAGAACACGAAGAAUCUGGUAAGGAACAACGGCGAGGGGGAUGUAGGCACGACCCAGGAAGUCGAGGUGAACAAGGCUAAUUACGAUCACGCCGGUGGCGACGCCAGCGAGAGUAUGAAGGGCGGACAGCCACCGGAUGGGAAGAUGCCAAUCCAGAGAGCGUAUUACAGGCAACCGAGCAUUCACGAAGCCAGGACCAUCGGGGGUGUGAAGUACUUGGCCAGGAGGCCAGACUGUCUUCCCAACUCGCAGAUCGUCGCACCGGAAACUCUGAUUGCCAGCAGACACGUGCAGCCCCCGAUGAUGAUCUAA